AAAAUAUUAAUGUGCUUUUUUUUGUGUCUAUUAAUAAUAAAACAAAUUUUAACUUUACUUGCCAUAAUGAAUAACUGGCGUAAAAAACGUAUGUGUUUACAUCUGCAUCGGUGAAAAAUAUCUAUUGUAUAAACACUUCUAUAAUAGAUCGUUAAUCGUAUGUAGUUACUUUUGCUAUAAUGGUACGUAAAAUAAUAUUCCACGUCGUUUAUUUCUUCGCUUUUUUGUAUCAGUUAAACUGUCAAUUGCCAUUAAACAGGCAACAAAAACGCAAUGCCAAAUUCAUAAACUUGUUAAAUGAUAUACCUGGACCAGAAAAUUUAUUAUUUACGGAUGAUGAGCUACAAAAUCUUCUUAAAAGUAAUGAAACUAAUGAAAAAUUUUUGAUUUGGAAUGACCAGAAAAUUAAACAAAAAAUGUGGAAAUUGGAAUGUAAGUACACAGAACUUUCACUUUAUAUAAUGUACCACAUGCAAUUUCUCAUCGUAAAUAGAAUUACAAUUAACUUUGAUGAACUAGAUAUAUUCAAGAAUAUUUUGCAUCGAAUGAUAUCGAUAUACUACUAUACAUUUGGCCAUGCUACAAAAGGCAUUUGGUUAACAUCAAUUACAAUAGAUGCAUUAAUUGACAAAAAAAUAUUUCCUCAUGAAAUCAAAUUCAAUUAUAUCACACCUACAAUUAUUGAAAUUUGUGAAGAUUGCGUUAAACAUAAUCAUUUACAAUAUGUCUAUAGCCUAUAUCAGAAUAAUUCAUAUCUUGAUAUGAUAUGCGAAAUUUCACAACAAAUAAAUUUGUUCCCCAAUUAUCCACAGACGUUAAACAAAAUUUAUAAAUAUGAAGAUGUAUCAAAUAUUUAUAGUUUUUUUUGGGAUAACGAGGAAGGUUUCAAGACAUUCAUACCUCCCACACAAAUGUUUCCAACUUACAGUAAAACUCAUUUAGAAGAUGUAUAUUAUAGAGUGUGCCAAAACUGGAAAAAGAAUUAUUUUAUAUUGUUAUUAUAUACUGACGCUAUAAAGAGAAAUUUGUUAUUGGUGACUUAUUAUUUUUUGACUCGCCACUGUAUUUAUCUUCUUGAUUACUUUACAAAAGAUAUGGAGAGUAUAAUUACUCAGAGAGAACAUUUUUUGAACUUGUUUAAAAUUCCAUUAAACAUAUUAAAUGAAAUAGGUGUAUUUUCAAAUGAAGUUUUUCAUUCGUCAUUCCAAAAUUUUAUAAAUUAUAUGAAAAACGAUACAAUAAUGAAUUUUAAUCAUUUAUUGAUGUACACCAAAGAUGUCAUGGGCUGUUUCAAUAAACUAGCAAUAACUUUUAAAGUUCCAACAAUUGAUUUUAAAAGCCUUAAUAAAUAUAAAUCAACAGAUAACCAAUUGUUGUUAUUUACUAGUCAAUUGGAGAGUUAUUUUAAACAUGUAAAAAUUAAUAUGGGACCUGCUGAUUAUACUAUUUUAAGAAUAUUCCAACUAAAUUCUGAAAAGAAUAGAUAAACUAAAUUCACCUAUUAAUUAAAUAUAAAAAGUUAUGAAUUGAAUUUAUAUUUUCUUGUAAUUCUUCUAUUUGUGCAAUAAAAUUACGUUGAAACCAAAAAUAUAAUAUAAAAUUCAUAAUGAUGGAGUUUUAGAAAAAAUACAUAUACAGAGUAAUCCACUGUGUAUUUGGCAAAUUUAAUAAUUUUUGAUCCAGCCAACAUUUUUCGUUACUUUUUAGCUUCGAUGCAAAGCUGAGAAGGUAUUAAUUUUACUAUGAUGUGUUUUUUUUUUUGUGUGUGUCUGUUACCCACUUUUUCUCAGCUCUUACCGAACGGAUUUCUUUCAAAGAUACGUCAAAAGAUCACAAAUCGUAUCUAGUCGAAGACAUUACCCUCAAAAAUUGAAAAAAAUUUCCCUUGUUCCCCGUAAAUGGGGUAAAUCUCCAAAAAAAUUACAAAUUUAAAAAUCGCUAAUUUUCGAAAUUUUUUCAAUUUAUUUUACUUAAAACUGCCAUAACUUUUCAAAAAUGAACAAAUCAAUAUAAUUUUUUUUUAUAGAUGUUUGAUGUCUUUACCUAUCAUUUGGUAUAUUUUUUUUAUAAACUUUAAUCCUUUACCAACCCACAAGGGGGGAUUCAAAAUGACAACUUUUUCACAAUAAAUUAACUUUUUAAACUUAAUUUUUGAAAGUGUUCCGGAAAU